CUGACCCAAAACAAGUGUUCCAUCCAGACGUGACUGGACAGACAGGGUUACCAUGAGGCUAUGGUGCAUAUUCUGCUUGAUACUGCUGCUGCCCAGCACAAUGGUCACUCUGCCACACCAGGGCAGACUGAGUGACAGCCUGCUAGGCCGGUGUCAGGAGGACCCCACGCCAGACCACCCAGGAACAGGGCCAGGAGACAACCGUUCAGUGGAGGUUGGAAAAGGUUUGGGAGAGAAUGCCUUAACAGUGAAGGAGACCAUAAACUCCCAUCCCAGCGCUUCUCACCUACCUGGGGACACUCCAUGUUUCGGAAGGAUACCGUCUCAUGGAGAGGUUAUUGAGGAUAUGUUUUCAGCACUUCGUGAAGGUUGGGGCCAGGAAAGCGACCUGAGAAAGGAGGAUUUGACUCGAUUUGGCGUUUGCUCACACUCUGAUGGUGCUCCAGUACCUGCCUUAUCCACACUAGCGGAAGAAGCCAAAAAAGAGAAACAUGGGCUACAUGUUUGGCACCCAACCAAAGAGCUCAUGGAGGGUGAAGUGGAGGGAGGGGGUCUUGUGUUGACCUUCCACCUCCCCCGGCCUCCCCUCUCCAAUAUCAAGCCCAUACUGCUCCUUGCCUUUAGAAACCCCAGAACAGGAGCGCUCGGUGCCAUCACUUUCACCAGUCACUCUCUGCAACCUUACAAACAGACGGUAUGUAUUUCAGAAGGAACACAGUUCCUCAUCCUAACGGGAAAGCAACCCGAGGGCAAAAGUCAACUGCAAUGGAGAUUCAAUGUUGACACAAAAACACCAGAGACAGGACAAAAGCUGUCUGAACUACGAGGUAUCCUGAUUGGUGACGGAACAAGAAGUGAUGUCAGUGUCAUUCCCCUGGUGCUUUUCUCUACAAAUAGAGGAACUGAUGAAAGAGUGACAGAAAAGCUGAGUCCCUCCCCUGCUCCCUCUGGGACCUACACGUUUCUGUGUGAGCUGCAGAAGUUCCUCAGUGACGUCAUGCCACCACAGACGCAGUCACAACCAUGGGCUGCUUCGGUACCUCUGUACUCUCUGGACUCUCUUCCCCCCCUGUCCCUUGGGGUGUCGUCCAGUGAGACCCUCCUUGCCAGGCUGCUCAACUCCUCAGCUCCCACCCUGUUCUCUUUCCCCACACAGGGCUCUGUGCUCCAGGGGCAUCGCGGGGAGCUGUCCCUGCAGCCUGCCCUACUGGAGGUGCUCAGGCAGAGGCUGGAGGAGGUUCUGGUCCAGAUGAGGGUGGAGGAGGUGGGAAAAGCAGGAAUGGACAGACUGAGGAGACUCCAGGAACUCAGUGUCCUUCCUAAAGAGGGCGAGGAAGCACCAGCAGGUGUUGGGAGCCCCAGUGAAACGCAGUACCGAGCCCUGCUUCUGCUGAAGGCCCUGCAGACAGUAGUGGGAGCCUGGGAUGUGGAGAGGGGGCAGCGGGCCACCAGAGCAGGCCAGAAGGGCCCAGGGAACCGGCACCUUUGUCGACUGCACAGUCUCACCGUGUCCCUAGAGAAAUACCUGCUGUCUCCUCCUGAGGCCACCAUCUACAACUGCCAGGGAGUCUGCAGCUUUCCCCUGACCAACGGGAAUAACCAUGCUAUCCUGCUUAACAGCCAGAUCCAGAGUGGCCUGGCCCUGGAGCGCUCGCCCUGCUGUGUGCCUGUGGACUAUGAGGACCUCAAGGUGGUGGAGUUGGAUGAGCAUGGAACCAAUAUCUGCUACAAACCAAACAUGGUGGCCAAGGAGUGUGGAUGCCGCUGACUCCUCCAUGUGGUGCAAUGAUUGGUAUUAAAGGGCCAGGGCACCUGGGUUGUUGCACCAUUACUCAAUAAAAGUCAAGUAGAAUUGCAUGUUUUAAAUCAUUGAGUGCAUUUAUUUUGUUUAUUGUAAAUACAUUAUCACAUCUAGUUGUCUACAAUAUUAGCUGAUUUAAUACACAUUUUGUCACUUAGUUAUGUAAAUAGAAAACUCAUUGGCUCAGUGCACAUAUUGGAUCUUUCAAGUACAAUUUGUGCAUUAUCAAUUUGCACCACAUGAUCGUAUUGAAGGCUGAAAGAAUAUAUUGAUCAUCAAAUACGAGAUAGGAACCAGCUCAUCUUAUUGAUUUCUGUAUACCCUUUAAAUAUGAAGAACAUUUAUGCAUGAUCAGAUAAGACUGUAUGGUGCAUUUAAGAUCAUUGUGAUGUACUGUAAAUCUUUUUUUUUUUUUUUUUACAGUAGUAACAUUUUAACUACAAUAUAUCCUUAUAUUUCAACAUAAUAAACACACUUUGAUUAGUC